CCGGAGCAGCCGCGCCCGCGCCGCCGCCGCCGCCAUCCCGCGCGCCCGCCCGCCGCGCUCCCUCCCCGCCUCCCCCCCCCUCCCUCCCGCCCUCCCUCCUCCCGCUCCGCCCGGAGCGCCCUUCGCCCAACGCCGUUACCGGCGCCGACACAGCCGAGGCCCGAGCGCUGCCGCAGCCUGAGCCGACCCCGUGCUGCCCACCAUGGACACCGGAGUCAUCGAAGGGGGUCUCAAUGUCACGCUCACCAUCCGGCUACUCAUGCACGGAAAGGAGGUGGGAAGCAUCAUUGGGAAGAAAGGGGAGUCCGUGAAGAAGAUGCGUGAGGAGAGCGGCGCUCGCAUCAACAUCUCUGAAGGGAACUGCCCCGAGCGGAUCAUCACCCUCGCGGGACCCACCAACGCCAUCUUCAAAGCUUUUGCGAUGAUCAUUGACAAACUGGAAGAGGACAUCAGCAGCUCCAUGACCAACAGCACAGCUGCCAGCCGGCCCCCGGUCACCCUCCGGCUUGUGGUCCCCGCCAGCCAGUGCGGGUCCCUCAUUGGCAAAGGAGGCUGCAAGAUCAAGGAGAUCCGAGAGAGCACGGGGGCACAGGUCCAGGUGGCAGGGGACAUGCUGCCCAACUCGACUGAGCGAGCCAUCACCAUUGCUGGGAUCCCACAGUCCAUCAUCGAGUGCGUCAAACAGAUCUGCGUCGUCAUGCUUGAGUCUCCCCCGAAGGGUGUCACCAUCCCGUACCGACCCAAGCCAUCCAGCUCUCCCGUCAUCUUUGCAGGCGGCCAGGACAGGUACAGCAGCGGCAGUGCGAGCUACCCCCACACCGCCCCAUCCAUGUGCCUCAACUCUGACUUGGAGGGACCACCUCAGGAGGCCACCCGGCAGCCACUGCAUGGCAACGAACUUGGGCCAAUUCCAGCCUGGGCUGCAGUUCUUCCGGCCUAUACCAUUCAAGGACAGUAUGCCAUUCCACAGCCAGAUCUGACCAAGCUGCACCAGUUGGCAAUGCAACAGUCACACUUUCCAAUGUCUCAUGGCAACACUGGAUUCAGUGGCGUUGACUCCAGCUCUCCAGAGGUGAAAGGCUAUUGGGGUUUGGAUGCCUCUGCCCAAACCACCUCCCAUGAACUCACCAUUCCAAAUGAUCUGAUUGGCUGCAUCAUCGGGCGUCAGGGCGCCAAGAUCAACGAGAUCCGCCAGAUGUCCGGGGCUCAGAUCAAGAUUGCCAACCCCGUGGAAGGCUCUACUGACAGGCAGGUGACCAUAACUGGAUCUGCAGCGAGCAUCAGCCUGGCCCAGUAUCUAAUCAAUGUCAGUUUAGAAAGCGCUAAACCCUCCUCCCAGGCAGCCUCCGUCACGAUCCCUGACCACCUCAGCAUCAACCUCUCUCAACCCUCCACCCCUUCUUCUUCUUCCUCCUCCACCACCACCCCCUCGCUCGCCACCGCGGGGGCCUCCGACGCACCCUCCAGCCUCCCCAACCCUCUUCCGACCGCCCCUUGUGUCUCCAGUCUGCUUGGCAUGAAACCUGUCCCUCUCCUGGCGCUAAAUGUCGUGUCUGCGGCCAAAGGCGCCGCGGCGCCCGCCGUGCCCUGUGUCACUAACAAACUCAAAGCGGAGAAGCAAAGGUUUUCCCCGUACUGAGGCUGCUCCAGGGGGUGGCAGCACCAGGACCCCGGAGAGGAGACUUGGAACAGCAGUUUUUUGGUCUUUUUGGUUUUUGUUUUACCCCUCUAUAUUUUUUUCCUCUUUUUUUAUCAUUUUUGGGUUUUUUUAAAUUUUUCCUUCGUACCGAGCUCGCGCUGCCGUUGCAGCAGCAGAGCUUUUCUUGCCGGCCGAGAGACUGUGUCCCUUUGUCCUGUGAGCGGUCACAACUCCUUCUCUGCCUGCCUCUAGUUGUUGCUUGUUACUUUUUUUAUUUUUUAUUUUUCCAUUUCUCCUCCUUUUCCCUUUUUUUUUUUUGUUUUUUGAGUAGUUUGGGUGCAGUUGU